AUGGCCAAGUACGUCUACCCUGACGCCGUCCCUUAUGCCUCGCUCGCAUCCUUGAUCAACCAGCUCGAGACCGCCGGCUUCAGAGCCAAUAGUGUGAAAAACGUUGGUCGCCACUACUCUGAGACGGUUCGGAAGUGGUACGGUAACUUUGUGCGAAAUCGAGAGGCUCUGAUGGCCAUGUAUGGCCCCAAGAUCUACCGGACAUUCGAGUUCUUCCUGGCUUACCUGGCUAUCAUCUUCGGUCAAGGCAGCGCCAACACUUACCAGAUUGUCGUCACCAAGAAUCCCAGUCCUGUCGACCGAACCAAGUCUGAGCCUGUAGUUGAGGAGUCUUCUUGUGAUCUCUGCGAGUAG